GCCUAAGUGCGAUGGGGGAAGGUUACAUCCGUACAUCCAUCCCCUGUCUCGUGAUAAAUGAGAUUGUAAACUCACUAGUGUAACUUGUUUUGUCACAAAUCAAAUAUGCGUCAGGCUUCCGGCAUCCUGAGAUCUGAUGCGUGAGGAAUUUCCAUCCCAGGUUUACUGCAAUGGCUGCUGCUUCACCAGUUGAUUAUCUACGUCUUAAAUUGUUAAGCAUCCUAGAGGGUCCAGGAACAGCCACACUAACAUUCAUCUUGAAACACGGCACGAACGCUCAUACUAGCAACCUCUCUCUCCUUGACUACCUGAACAACCUCCCUCAAGGCUCGGAAGAAAACUACUGUCGCCUGAGUAACAAAGGCAAAGUUAAAGCUUUUACUGACUCUGAAAAAAAAGUGAUAGAGAGCGACCUCUCAUGGGACAGUUUCGACGUGUCCUUGUUAUGCAAGGCCAUUAAACUUUCCUGCAAAAAUAUAGCAGAACUCAGUGACAAUGCAAAGUGGGAAAACCUUGGUUGUAUGGAGGGUCUGAUAAGAAAAAUCAAAGAUGAAAGGAACAGACUUGUGCAUGAACGAGCACUAAUGACUCAGAAUGAGUUCGACGCCAGAGUUAGAGAACUGGAAGACCUUUUUCUGAAGGCCUUGGAAGCAGCUCAGAUUAGGUACAGUAUAUCUGAGCAGGAGGUAGAUAAAAAAAAGAAAUACAUAGAGGAGAAUAUCAAGACCAUUUUAGAAUGUUUCACAAAAGAAGAAAUUCUUCGCCUAGAUAGUAUUGGACAGUUGUUGGUAUUUAAAACCAUGGUUAUUAGGAAUUUGAGAAAAAUCUAUGAAAUGACACAAAACUUUGACCCACUCAGCUUUCUCAGUAGUUCUGAGACAUUCAUAGACGUACAAACAAUAUUUACCAAACCUCUAAUGAAAAAACAAUACAGCAAAACUGAAAUCCAUUACCUCGAUAUCGUAAACUACACCCAGUCGUUGGGACAGCCUACACACCCGCCACAGUUCUCCAAGCAUGCUCACCUGCAACAAACUUCCCACCCUACACCUCCUCCACAGUCCUCCUGGACUACACACCAGCCACAGUCCUUACAUACACACCCAUCACAAACCGGGCAGCCUACAGCGUCACCAGAAUUCACAAAUUCGGUCAGACCACAACUCGUAUUAAUUAAUGGUGUGGCAGGAUGUGGCAAGACUACUCUUCUCACCUUCAUUCUGUCAGAGUGGAUCAAAGAUGAGCGUGAUCGUCGUAUCAAACAUCUAUAUGAAUAUGAUUUUGUCCUGCACAUUCCAUGUCGGCAGAUAAACGGUGCCUCACUUCAGGAAUUUUUCGAGCAGAUCCUUCCAGAAGCCGUCGCGUUCAGACCAAAUUUGAUGACUCUCCUUAGGAAUUGCAAGAUCCUUUACUUAAUAGACGGUCUCGAUGAGCGUAACAAUUUGUCACGCCAGCUGGUAGAGGAUAUCUUGUGUCAAUGUGAAAUGGUACCAGGAGUUACUAUAAUUUGCACCUCUCGCCCAGAGGUAGUUGUGGACUUUGUUCAGUCAGUUCCCUUAAAAUAUGGAAAGGGCAUAGUGAUGUUGGAGGGCAUUUCUCCUAACAACAGAACUGAGUUUGUCUUGAAAUACUAUAACUGGCUCGAUCUUACUGGAUCCUCAGAUCCUGCCAGGCUCAAACAAGUUAUGGAAAGUGUAGUCUGGAAGGAUCAUUUGAGUCUUCCUCUCAACCUACUCUUCUUGGUUACUCUCUUUCAUGAUGACCCAGAUUCUGUUAAGGAGAACAUCAGCCAGACCAGUUUAUACCUCGCUAUACAUAAGUGGUGUAUAGAAAAACUGCAUUAUCGAAUUUCAAUGUGCUCACAGUCGAAAGGUAUUGACAGAGUAUCUCGUGAGGAAGGCAUCAAAAAGGUGUUAAAUAUGGUGUAUGAAGUAUCCCUGGCAGGCCUUCUGCAGGACAGGUUGAGCCUUCGUGAUGAGGACAUGCUACGACUGAGGAAGUACUGUAAAGAAGAGAACUUACCUAGGGAGGAGGUGCUGGGUGGGUUUUUUUCAUUGCGACAAUUUAUUAUUAACAGAAAAAUCCAUCAGACAUAUUAUGCACCCCAUAAAGGUCUCCAAGAAUUCUUCGCGGCGAAGCACAUUGUGAACUAUCUUGGUCAGACCUCUGCUUCAGGAAAAAGUGUCAAGCGCACUUUUUACCAUAUUGUAGGUCUUCACCACCGCGCUUCAGGAGACAUCAGACGUUUGAUACAUCACCCCUCGCCGACAAAGCUAAAGAAGUACAGUAACCUCCUCCUCCACGUAGUGGGCCUCCUUAGCCAGCCAGAUGCACCAUCCCUUCCCCGAGCCAUGAAUGAGGCGGUGGAUCUGCUGGCAGAGACUGAGGUGACAAGCUGUAAUCACUGGCUGAGCUUACUAAAAGCCACGGAGUUCAAUCAGGUCACACUGAAGUGCAUCGCUAGACACGUCUCGAGUAAGUGUCUUGAUGAUGAGACAGUAGACAUAUCCGACGACACCAUCACCAGUGCCACGAACUUAUUACCUCUUAUCUCUCGCAAAAAGAUAGCAAUAUACCUGCGAAGGAAGGGAGUAAACUGGAGUGAGCUUUACCGAGAAGUGGCCCGACACACCUGCACCAAGGUGUUCCUUGUGCAUCAUUACCAACAACCAGACCCAACAUCUUCCUCGACCUCCGUCCUUUGUGCUUUGCCUCUGAGAUGCCUAGAAAAGUUCGCGGGUUACCUGAAUGCUGAGGGAAUAACACUGCUUCAAAAGGCUUGCGACCUGAAGGACCUGCGUCUUGCUGUAUCAGGAGACCAAGACGCUCCGACGAUUCUGUCCGCCCUUGAAGCAACUUGCCCGUCAUUCCCCCACCUAAAACACUUAUCCCUACACGUUCCUGUGGAGGCAAUUACACUCGAGAUGCUCACCACACCCCUGCCCGACGUAACUUCCGAUGGUGGCUUCACCCGCGUGAAUCUCGCGUUGUCUGGUGUGGAUGAGAAACUGCUGGAGAAGACAUGUCGGAUAACGGCAGUCCUUCAGCCCAGAGGGGUGAGGUAUUGGACCAUUAGGUUCCCCAAUAGCAGACUGGAGGUAGCGGCGUGGAGGAGCUUACUUAACCUGCUGAGUGAUGCCGGCACCAGAGUGGAAGGAUGGAUUGUGGUACCUGAGACGACCCCUAUCACAGACGAGGAGGCGAGGGAGCUGAGGAACCUUGCCGAGACUAACAUGCUGGGUGGUUUCAUAAAACAGUCCAAAAAUAAGCUGUGGUGGUGAUAAGCGUAGUGACCAAGAGUGCCAUGACGUAUGAUCGCCGUGGACCCCUGGCUGCUGUCACUGUGGUUAGUCAACUGUCUAACAAACCUUAUCUGUCUCACCAAUGAUAAAAAAAUAAAAAUAAAUAAAUAAAUAAAUAAAUAAAUAAAUAAAUAAAUAAAAUAUAUAUACCACAUGACACCAGAAGCUCUUCUUUUCCUACUUGCUAAGCCUAUGGUACACUUCCCCUCUCUCUCUCUCUCUCUCUCUCUCUCUCUCUCUCUCUCUCUCUCUCAAGUUAUUUUAUUUUUUGCCUAUUUUAGUAUGCCGUCAGGGUCACGCCCAUGGGUGGGUGCUUCCACGCCAAGGAAGUAACGGAUGUGUAAUUUGAAUUAAAUUUCUCUUUUCGACCUAGGCCAACACCAGCACGCCACCCUAAAAGUAGGCUGUGCGGCAGGAAAGAAUUAAUUUGAAUUCGUCACUCUUAUAAUCCAUAUUAAUGUGACAUUGAACUUCUUCCCUUCUUAAUUAAUAGACACCAUCAUAACUUUUCUCCUUGCAGUAUAGAACAAAUGUAUUGUUAUAUAAUCCUACUCCCGCUGAAUUCAAUUAUUUUCAUUUAUUUAAUGCUUAAUACCUGCUUAUUGUAGAUGGCGGGUAUCUGACCUGCCUGCAGCAGUUGGCCCUAAUAGUUAGAAAAGUGUAGGCCUCAUAGUUUAAUGAGAACAAUUUUUGGUAAGAUAAAUGUAUGAUAUAAUUUUGUAUUGUGCUUUUGUUGAAAUAAGAGUAAGGAAGGAGAAAUGUGUUUGUUCUCAACCCAUCUACACGCAUUUAAGCCUAACCAGCCUAGUGUUUGUCGCCCUGAGACCCAAAGCUAGCCGUGCAUCCGAACAUAUUUCAGUGUUGCUGAACAGGUAAGAAGGGAUCAUCAGGAUCUGAUAUUAAUUGUGCCUUUUACUAAAUGGUUGGGGUGUGUAGGGGCCUCUUACUCCGUAAAGGGCUUGGGCCGUGAAAUCAGAAACAGUUGGCACGAAGGAGUCUCACCAGAAAAACAACACCAUCAGGUGGAUAGGAACUUGCCGCUUGCCAGGCCGGGCACUGCAGCCAGCAUAUUUCAGAAAGGUAAUAGAGAUUUUGUCCCAUGGAGGUUAGCCCCAUCCUCUACAAUGACGUACUACACGGCCAACUCUGAUUGCCUGCUGCCUCCUUAGUCUCUCUCUCUCUCUCUCUCU